GAACUUCAAGAUGUCUGCCGACGAAGAUACCGAACUUAGGGAUUUGGUUGCCCAGACGUUAGAAACUAACGGUACUUUGGGCAAAAUAAGGGCACAACUACGGGCAAGUGUAUUCUUGGCAUUAGAGGAGCAAGAAUCAGUGCAGAAUAAAACUCCAUUCUUAAACAAAGACUUAAAACAGUUCCUGUCAACCAAAGAGGGUCGGCAGAUAGCAAGUCUGGUUCGUGAAUUCCUAGAGUUCUUUGACCUUGAAUUCACAUUGGCUGUGUUUGAUCCUGAAACAGGAUUGGGUCAAGAUUAUGAUAAGCGUGCCACACUAGCAAGGGAGUUGAAACUCCCUGACACAGGCUCUUCUCCUAAGGCCCCACUACUGUCUGAGGUUGUUCGUCCAACUGCACAGGGAAGCAAACCUCCACUCACCCACUCCAGGUCAAUCACUGAAGAUGCCGAGGACAUCGUGAGAAUCCCAAAGGAACUCACAGCCGCACAGAUAGAAACUGCACAAAAAAAGUUUGAGUAUUAUGACAAGGAUGGAAGUGGUUCAAUUGACAAGGACGAACUACGAGAACUCUUCAUUGACAUCUUCCCACAUUUCCAUAAAAAUAUGCUGGACAGAUACGUAAAUGAUGAGUUUAAAGCUGUUGAUCGUGACUUUAAUAGCAGAAUCUACUCACUCACCCCUAGAGGUAUUGACUUCGAAGAAUUCCUGGUGAUGUACAAGCGCCUAUUCUUGCUGUGUCGAACGGUGGUGGCAGGUGAUGUGGAAGACAUUUUGCCCACAACUUCCAAGAAGUUAAGAGACGUCCCUGCCUCUCCACCUUCAUCCAAGUCUACCAGUUACUCAGAAAACAACUUCUUCAACUCAUUAGAAGCCAAAAACCACAAGAACCAGGAACACAACAAGCAGCCAUCCAGCGAGGCCAGCAACGGCCCCAAACACAACUCUCUCAUCGACCUGAGCAGUGACCAGGAGGGCGACUCCUUCUUUGAUGAGCCUGUACCUGCAGCUGGAGGCUACACCUUGUCCAACAGAAAUGUUAGUCCCUCGUCUCAUAACCGACGCAGUAGUUCGCCUGGGCGGACAUCCCAGAUUCCUGUGUAUAUCGCGGGUGCCAGGAGUGAGGAAAAAGAGAAGAAGACGACCCCUAACGGAGGAACAACACAGAAACAUAGCACCGGCAACAUGAGCUCCUUGCAGGGUCUGCCUUCACUCACCCCAGACAAGGAGCCACCAGCCAAAUCUCAUGGAAAUAGUUCCUUGAAUGCUAGUUCAGAUCAAAAUCUGCGAUCACUUGACAAGAGGAUGGUUGACAUGGGCUUUGGGGACAGUCAAGAUGACUUUGAGUAUGAAGACGACUUCCAGGAUUCAGUUCACAGCACCAGUGCCAAGAGUCCACGGGUCAAGUCAGAUCCCAAAUCUGUGAAUGAGAAUGGAGGUGGCAGCAUUGCAGAGGAGAUUGAGGAAGAAGACUUGGAUGACUUCUCCAUAGAGGGAGAGGAUUUCCUGAAGAGUGACAAGAGUGAGUUUGAUGACAUGACCACAGACAGGAGUAUAUCACAGGCAGAUGGAGGCUUCGACUAUGCAGAAGAAGUGCAUUUACCAUAGCGUGUUUGUUCACAAGCUGUACUUUGUCACGUGAAUUUUGGAAAAGAGGAUUGUGAUAUAUGUGGAUGACCAGAACAUGCUUUAAUAUCAGCAACUAGCCAAAUUGUGAAACAUUCAGAUGAAUCUGUCAUCAUAUAGUGAGUCUGGGUCCACCACAAAACGGUUGAAAUACUGCAUAAAACUGUAUAACAGCCAAAUCACUUCAUUCCUCUGAGUUAUUCAUAACCACUGUGAAACAUCCUCUCGCUUUAUCUAUUUGAUAAAUUCAUCAAUAUCCAUGUUUUGGGAAAAGUAACUCAUGUCAUCUUGCCAGAUAUUAAGCUAACAGAGUUAAUACAUUACUUGACCGGGUUGAGUUCAAAGGAAUUUGAUUGUUAGAUGUAACUGAUGAUUACUGUUACCUGUUGUUAACCUGAGACGAUGGUGUGAAUCUCCACACAGAAACUAGGGGGCCAGUAUGUGAGAAUCUCACUGAAUGUAGCAAAGAUUAUAUAAAUCACACCUCAGGGUUUUGGUUAAUAGUAGAUGAUCUGUAUCUAAUCUAGCAAUGGAUGUCAUGUUUGCCCACAAAACAAAGACCAUUUCUUUUCCUGUAUUGAUCUGACUAUUGACCUAUAAGUAUCAAGUAAUAGUAUUGUUGUGACAUGGGUGUUCCAGUCAUCAGAGAUACUUCAAUUUGCUGUUCAGAGUCCCUUAGGUAUCACUGUGGGUUUGUGUCACAAAUUCCCCCUGAUUAUGGUUUUAGGUUUAUCAACUGCCAAAUGUAGGCUUUUCACCAAAUUGGUAAAUGUCUCUGAUUUACAUCUCUCACUUACAGAAUUUGGCUUGUAGACAAAUUGGCUGUAUGAUGACCGGUAAUAUUACAAUGUGCAUUAAUGUAGGUUAUCUUGGUGCCCCAAGAUUUAAAGCUGUACAGUGACACUUUUUUUCCAAUCAGAGACCUUCGCUAGUAGAGCUGUAAGGCUUAUUGGUGUAAUUAUAGAAGCAUCACACCACAAUGCAUUUAUGUACCACAUGCCUGGAAGAAGUUUCUUAUUUGAGAGUGGUUGAAUUUUGUUUACCCUUCUCUGUAUGAUAUUGUAUUGUGCACUAUAUACCCCAAAUUAUUAUUGGGACUUGUCAAAUGACAAUGGUUACUAUGUUCACAUUUAAUUCAUGCAAUCAACAUUUGCUAUGUGUUCUAUGUAACAGAGAGAAGAUAUGAAAUAACAGUUAUGUUCAUUUAUAAUCUAUUAGCUCUAAUAGCUAUAAAUCAUAUAGGAUUAAACUGCAAUUUACAAAAUACGAAAGCCACUAUCUGCUUAUUCUCCAAUAUUGUAACAGGUAAACAAACUGGACAUUUUGCAAUGUGUUCCAUAUUUCAGGCCCUGACUCAGACAGUAGAAGCAAAAUACUGUAAGCUGUGACUACGUUUACUUUUCUUGAUCCAUGCAACAAAAGAUUUCUCCUAAAGCUGUUCAUAUAGCAGACCAUGCUGACAACAUUAACAAGAUGUUUUGCCUGACAAGAUCCCUGUCUCAGUAAUACACUGCCAACUUCCAAGUCAGGCUAUUACUGAAGUACACUAGUGGAUUUUGGGUUAUUAUGUAGAUCAGCUGAGAUAGGACAUUUUGGAAUUAAUUUAAGACUCAUUAGUAUGUAAUUCUAUCCAGAUUGAGUUUUAUGAAAAUAACACAGGUUGCAUUAUUUGCAAGUACUCUCUGCAGGGGUUCUUAGUUAUGUGUUCAGUCUGGUUACAAUAUGUGUACAUUAAAAGUGGUGUCCAAUCCAACCUACUCUCUCACUCAAUCAUGGAGCAAAGUGGCCAAUGAAGCAGGUUGGCUUUGAGAUAAUAACUGGCUUUUCAUGUAUGGGACUACAACAGGAGACUCAUGUGGGUGGUAGUGAAAGACGUAUUGUUAGGACUUUGCCAGUGUAGAACUAGAUGUGUUGAUUGAAGCAGCUGCAAAGCUUAUAUAUGUGAUACUAUGUUAGUGAUUGUAACGAUCAUAUAGUGUGAAUCAUGAAGUCCAUGUAUUGUUGAUGUAUGAUCCCAUGUUAUGAUUGAGAUGAUGUUACCCAAUGGAGCUUGUUGGAGUUGGUAGAGAUUAUGACAUUCAUUUUAUAUCAGCUGACUCGACUUUACUAAAACAGUGUUCACACAACUUUGCACCAGUAUGAUUUUACUGGCAAAAUGCAGAGGAUAUAGGUGCAUAUUUGUAUAUUUGAGAAAAUUGUUGAUGAUCAGUGUUUGAAGUUAUGGUGAAGUUGUCAUCACACAAAGAUGUAGUUUUGUUUUUACCCAUGACAGCAGAUAUUAUAUGGAGUGUAUUUGUUUUAAAUUGAAAAUCUACACAAUUAGCAGAGGAGGAUCUUGUAUAUUGGUAUGGUACUGAGGAACUUGUUAAGUCUAUUACUAUUCCCUCAUUCAUGUGUGAAUGUUUAUUUAAGAACCAGUCUUUGUUAGUGUAUCAGAGAUACAGUCUGUUUGUUGCCAUGUUUAGAUGCGUGUGUGUGUGUGUGUGCGUUGUUCGUGUGUUUUGCUAGGAGUGAAAGGCCUUCCUGUGAAGAAGGAUUGCUCUGAGAUAUGUGAUAAUUUGCUGAAUCAAAGUUAAUUCUGUACCACUCUGUGGUUCACCAUCCGUCCAAGAUUAUUACUCACAAAAUGUACACACUAGGCCUAGACAUAAAGCGGACAUUUUAAAAUUUAAUUAGUUGCCUUAAAUUUAAGAAAAUAGUUAAAUUGACAUGUAGUGAUAUUUAUGCCAAGGGCAAGUCUCAUGAAUGUGUGCAUCUUCUAUGCAAUGAAGAACUAGUGGGGGUGAUGCAAGUGCAAGGUGUUCACAGACCAGCAAUAAAAAGUCUUACUCUAGCUACAAGUGAGACAAGAAUUUUACAAGAAUUUCAAGCAUCAUAUUUUAUGCAUGGUAUACAGGAAACUGUAAAUCAAAAAGUAGUGUUACAACUGGAAAAGUUUAAACUGGCAAUUAUUAUAGAGUAAUGUACUUUGUAUAAAUGUUGCUGUACCCAGUUUCUGCCCCAACAAGGUCUUGACUAUGGUUUUUCUCUGCUUUUAAGAGAAUUUUUUUCAAGUCUUUCCAGAAACAGGUUUAUUUCUUGCAGAAUGCUAAAUUGUUGCAGCCUUAAUUCCAUGUCAGUCAGUGUGUAAGUUGAUUCAUUAUAUGAAUACUUGCCUCCAAUUGGUGUGGGUAAUGAUGUACAGUGAUGAAUUGAAAUAUUGUACCACUGCUGUUUAUGUCUGCUCUUCAGAAAUGUACUGAUGGAAAGAAUUAAGCAAAAUAACAUAAAAAUCGCAGGUGAGCAUUUGCUGGCGUGAACGUCAAGCCAUUCAUUACCCAGUUAGAUUUGGAUUUCUCCAGGGGAUGAAGAAUGUCAUAUUAACUCAAACCCUUGAUCAGCUGUUCUAUUAUUUCUGUCCAUCAGUGCUUUAUCUUAGAGAUGUGCAUUGCUGAAAAUACAGGAGGUUGAAUGCACAUUUAGCAGAUGAAUUUUCAGCAGGAACAACUGGUUGGUUUCAGUGCUGGAAGUAAUGUUCUUUGAUGCUGCAUUGUGAGGGACCGUUCAUAAUUUAUGGCUAGGGGGGUUAUGAUGAUAUUUAUAGGUAAGCAUGUACGGUGUGAAUGACACACCACCCCCCACCCCCAAAUGUAUGUACAAAGCAAGCGACACCAC